UGGACCGGUGAGACUGGAGAGCUCAUCAGCUCAGUGAUCAGUCAUCUUGUCCUCUAUCGUCUGGUCCGAUCCGAGGUUCGCACGAGUCCGGGGACAUUAUCGGGACAUUAUUAUGGCCAGUCCGGUAGUUGGCACCGGAUAUAACUUCAAAGUGGUUUUGCUCGGCGAGGGAUGUGUCGGCAAGACCUCGGUCGCUCUUCGAUAUGUUGAGGACAAGUUCAACGACAAGCAUAUCACCACGCUACAGGCGUCGUUCCUGAAUAAAAAAUUGAAUAUUAAUGGAAAAAGAGUCAACUUGGCGAUAUGGGACACCGCCGGGCAAGAGAAGUUUCACGCAUUAGGACCAAUUUAUUACAGAAUGUCCAAUGGUGCCAUUCUCGUGUAUGACAUUACGGAUGAGGAUACCUUCCAAAAGGUAAAAAACUGGGUGAAGGAGCUUAAGAAGAUGUUAGGUAGCGAAAUUUGCUUAGUGAUAGCAGGUAAUAAAGUGGACCUGGAGAAGGACAGGAACGUUGCCACAGAGGAAGCUGAAGAGUAUGCCAAACAGGUGGGAGCCAUGCAUUUUCAUACAUCAGCCAAGUUAAACCAGAACAUUGAAGAGAUGUUUCUAGACUUGACGCACCGCAUGAUGCAACGUGUAGACGAGGCUGAGCAAAAAUCCACGCUUACAAGGACCAAUAGUACGCGUCGCAACGUCGUCAUGGUCGAGGACGAGGCAGAACACAUUCAACCGAGUAGAAGUUCCUGCUGUGGUGGUGGUGGUAGUGGUGGCAGUGGCAGUGGCGGUGGCGGUGAUAAUGGUGGCUUUUCGUAAACCUUUAAAAUCAAUUUACGUUCAAUUUCAAAUACAAGGUCUAAUUUCGGUAAUUUACUAACUAUGUACAGGAUGGCGCAUCUCAGAUGUGACAAAUUACUAUUUGUAAAUGGUAGUUUGUCAUAUUACAAAUGCUUCAUCUUGUAUAUACACAAGGACAAGGGUGUUAUGUAUGUAUGAGUGUACACAUGUAUGCCUAUAUACAUAUAUGUAUAUUUUUAGCUGCGGUAAUUCUUGGAUAGCAAAGAUAUUUGCAUACUUGUGUGUGUGUGUGUGCGUGCGUGCGCGUGCGUGCGCGCGCACGUG